UUUUUGGGUUCCCAUCUUUUCUCCUCUGAAACCUCCUCAUCGACCAUGCCAAUCUCCAUUGAGCCACGUCGACCUUUAAGGUCAUCCCCGUUGUCCACUUGGCAAGGAUCAUACCCCACUGCUGCAGCUUCCUCUAAUCCUCUCCUUGGUCUAUUCCCCACUACCAUCACCGUACCCUCCACCACCAACUCUCUAUCCAGCCACUCCGUCUCACCCUCACCCAACUCACCUGACUCACCUGACUCACGUCCUUCUUCUCUGUCUCAAACUCCAUCCACUCCCUCACCCAACUCACCCAUCACUCACUCGUCAUCCCCUUCACCUACUACCUUACCCACCAUUUCUCCAGCAUCUUCCCCUGCUCACACAGGUGGCUCCCAAUCUUCAUUCUAUUCCACUGCCUCACCUCCAUCCAAUCUUAACAACCAUCUGUCAGCCCCUACCUCAUCUUCUCCCCUUCAACCGAUAGAUCCACCCAUCUGCACUCAUCCUAUGGUAACUCCUUCUCAAAACCAGAUUUUAAAACCAAAGCAACUCUACCUUGCUGAAACUCCCUGUUCGGAAGUUGAGCCAACAUGUGUGAGUCAAGCACUGAAAGAUCAUCGGUGGAGGCAGGCCAUGUCUGAGAAAUUCACUGCUUUGGUAAGUCAAGGUACAUGGGAUCUUGUUCCUCUUGCACCUAACCAAAAUAUUAUUGGUUGUAAGUGGGUUUUCAGGUUGAAACAAGGCAAAGAUGAACGAGUUGAACGUUAUAAAGCCAGACUUGUAGCUAAGGGUUUCCAUCAACAACCGGGGACCAAUUACACUCAAACCUUCAGUCCAGUUAUCAAACCAACAACAAUCCGAGCCAUUCUCUCCAUCGCUGUAAGCAAGGGUUGGAAAAUUCAUCAGUUAGACAUCAACAACGCAUUCCUUCACGAGAAACUUGAUGAACAAUUAUUUAUGCAGCAACCCGCUGGGUUCAUUGAUCCUCAUCUACCUCACCAUGUUUGUCGGUUACAAAAAUCUAUCUAUGGGUUUAAACAGGCCCCAAGAAUGUGGUUUCGAGAAUUAAAACAGUUUCUGCUUGCUCACGAUGACAUACUCAUCAUUGGAAGCAAUCCUAUUGCUAUUGACAAUUUGAUCACUGCCAUGAGUUCCAAAUUUUCCCUACGGUAUACUCAAGACAUUUUGCAACGAGCGGGCAUGGACAAUGCCAAAGUAGUAAGCACGCCCCUCUCUUCUACAACAUCUCUUCGGCAAUUCUUAGGUCACUCACUCACCGACCCAACGACAUAUAGACAAAUUGUUGGUUCCCUUCAGUAUUUAUCUUUAACUCGGCCAGAUUUAUGCUUUGCUGUUAACCGGCAAUCUCAAUUCAUGCAUAAUCCUAGUGAUCUUCAUUGGCAAGCAGUAAAACGUGUUCUUCGCUAUCUUAAUGGUACAAAAUUUCAUGGCCUUCUGCUUCGUCCACAAACCUCUUUGUCUCUUCAUGGUUUUUUUUAUGCUGAUUGGGCUAGUGAUAAGGACACUUCAAUUUCCACAACUGGCUAUGUGAUGUAUCUUGGCUCCACUCCAGUGUCUUGGAAAGCAACCAAACAACGAGCUGUAGCACGAAGCUCAACAGAGGCAGAGUACAGAGCACUAGCAGCAGCUAACUCCGAAAUGGUUUGGAUUCUUAAUCUUCUUCAUGAGCUUGGCAUCCAUCCUUCCACACCCCCUGCGCUUUACUGUGAUAAUAUAGGGGCAACCUAUCUCAGCAGCAAUCCAGUCAUGCAUUCUCGCAUGAAACACAUUGCCAUCGACUUGCACUUUGUUCGUGACUUAGUGGACCACAAAGUCCUUCGAGUUUCUCAUAUCUCUUCUAAAGAUCAGUUUGCCGAUGGACUUACCAAGCCCUUAUCCAGUGCUCGCUUUACUUAUUUGAGGUCCAAGAUUGGCGUCGCAGACGGCUCCUCCAUCUUGCAGGGGUGUGUUAAGGAAAAGAUCUCUGCAAUCUCUUCAUGAGCAAUUCCCGCUCCUUAUUUAUGCCAAUCCUUGAUUUAGUGUCAAUCUUUGAUUUAGUGAAUAUUAUAUUAUGUUUCCUUUUGUAAUAGGGUUACUAAGUUUGUGCGCCUGUAUAUUUAAGUGUUGCAUACUCAUGAAUAAAAUUAAGUUAUUCAG